AUGUCUGCUCGCGCUCCAGUGCCCGCCGCUCACCCUCGGGAGGAGCCUCCCGCGGUAGCAGCUGAGAGGGAGUCGCUGGCGGCCGCGGGGAGCCGGCAGGCCGAGCAGCUACCCCCGCUCGAACGGGAGGGCAAGGAGGCGGCGAGGGAGGAGAGGGCCGCGACCGCCACCAGCGCGGGGGCGCGGGGCGAGCCGUCGCCGGCGCCGGUGCUGGGACACAGCGUGCCUCAGGCGGCCGUGCCUGUGAAGCCCCUGGCGCUGCACCUGGCGCACAAGGCGCGCGGGCCAGGGGGGCCCUUCGGCGGGGAGCCGCCGCGACCGCUGCCGCGGGACCCGCCGGCCAAGAACGCCCGGGAGGAGGAGGCUGCGGCGGCCAGCUCUGAGGAAAAGCUGCAGCCGCCGCCACCGCCGAAGGAGAAUCCCUGGACCAGAAAGCCUCCGCAGCACCUGUCCCCCGCCGGGACGGGGCCGCUGCCGUUGCCCCCACUGGAAACCUUGGAGGCAGAGCUCAGUUCCCCCAAAAUUAUAAAAGCAGGAAAACUCAAGACAAAGAAAUCCAAUAAGGCCAGUGAUUUCAGUGAUAUGGCAAAUUGGCCAACACCAAGUGAAUUAGUGAACACUGAAUGUCAGAGUGUCAUCAGUCAAGGAAAUAAGAAGCCACAAAAUAGAAAAGAAAGAGAAGACAAGGUUGAAAAGAGAAGUGUUAACAAUGAAAGCAGAGAAAACCGGGAAACAAAAUUAGAUGGUCCUGGUGAAAAUGUCAGUGAGGAUGAGGCUCAGUUAAGUAACCAACGAAAAAGAGCUAAUAAGCACAGAUGGGUACCACUUCACUUAGAAGAUGUAAGACCAGAGAGUCAAGAAAGACCAGGGUCCCGGAAUAGCUCAAGAUGUCAAUCUGAAGCAAAUAAAUCAUCACAUAACAAUAGGAGAAAUGACACACGAAGUUGGAGGCGUGAAAGAGAAAAGAGAGAUGAUCAAGAUGAAGUUUCCAGUGUGAGAAGUGAGGGUGGUAAUAUCCGAGGCUCCUUUAGAGGCCGAGGAAGAGGCCGAGGACGAGGAAGAGGCCGGGGCAGAGGAAAUCCUCAAUUGAACUUUGAUUAUUCAUAUGGUUAUCGAGAACAUGGUGAAAGGACUGAUCAACCAUUUCAAACAGAACUUAAUACCAGUAUGAUGUAUUACUAUGAUGAUGGUACAGGCGUACAGGUGUAUCCUGUGGAAGAAGCAUUGCUUAAAGAGUAUAUUAAGCGCCAAAUUGAGUAUUACUUCAGUAUAGAAAAUUUGGAACGGGAUUUCUUUCUUAGGAGAAAGAUGGACGAGCAAGGUUUCUUGCCUAUUUCCCUGAUUGCUGGUUUCCACCGUGUUCAGGCUCUCACUACAAACCUUAAUCUCAUUUUGGAGGCACUGAAAGAUAGCACAGAAGUGGAAAUCGUGGAUGAGAAAAUGAGAAAAAAGGUAGAACCAGAAAAAUGGCCGAUUCCGGGCCCUCCUCCACGGAGUGUGCCACAAACAGACUUCUCUCGACUGAUUGAUUGCCCAGAGUUCGUACCAGGGCAAGCCUUUGGUUCACAUACAGAGUCUGCCCCAAAUUCUCCAAGAAUUGGAAGUCCAGUGAUCCCAAAGAAAAACGCAGAAACAAGUAAUCUUCAAGGAAUGUCUAGAGGUUUAUCUACCAGUUUGCCCAACUUGGAUUCAGAACCUUGGAUAGAAGUAAUAAAGAGACAUUAUCCAUCCCCAGUGAAACUGAAGGAACCACCAUCUCUUCCUGAAGAGGCAUCAAAUCAACUAUAUCUUCCAGAUGAACAAGAACAAGAAGAACUUGAUUUUUUCUUUGAUGAAGAGAUGGAACAAAUAGAAGGUCAAAAAAACACAUUUACUGAUUGGUCUGAUAAUGAUUCAGAUUAUGAAAUUGAUGAUCAAGAUUUAAAUAAGAUUUUGAUUGUAAUUCAGACACCUCCUUACAUGAGAAAACAUCCUGGAGGAGAUCGAACAGGCAGCCACAUGUCUCAAGCAAAAAUUACAUCUGAACUUGCUAAAGUUAUCAACGAUGGUUUAUAUUAUUAUGAGCAGGAUCUGUGGAUGGAAGAAGAUGAAAACAAACACACAGCCAUAAAGCAAGAAGUUGAGAACUUUAAGAAGCUAAAUCUCAUUAGUAAAGAGCAGUUUGAAAACCUAACACCUGAGCUUCCUUUUGAGCCAAACCAAGAAGUUCCUGUAGCAGCUUCACAGUCCAGGCAAGAUUUGACUGAUGAAUUAGCUCAGAAGCUGUUUGAUGUUUCAGAAGUAUCUUCAGCAACAAUGGCCCGUUCAUUGCCCACAUCAGUUCCAGAAUCUCCCAGAAUUUACCCUGCAAGGGCACCCAAGACACCGCGAACACCUCGAUUACAAGAUCCAAACAAAACACCAAGAUUUUAUCCUGUUAAAGAGCCCAAAGCCAUUGAUGUAAAGAGUCCAAGAAAGAGAAAAACAAGACAUAGUACAAAUCCCCCUCUAGAGUGUCAUGUUGGUUGGGUAAUGGACUCCAGAGAUCACGGGCCAAGAACAUCCUCUGUCAGCAGUUCAAAUGCUUCGCCUUCAGAAGGUGCACCACUAGCAGGAAGUUAUGGAUGUACUCCUCAUUCAUUCCCAAAGUUCCAGCACCCUUCUCACGAACUUUUGAAGGAAAACGGCUUUACCCAACAAGUGUACCACAAGUACCGCAGAAGAUGCCUAAGUGAGAGAAAACGCUUGGGAAUUGGCCAGUCCCAAGAAAUGAAUACCCUCUUUCGUUUCUGGUCCUUUUUCCUCAGAGAUCACUUCAAUAAAAAAAUGUAUGAGGAAUUUAGACAACUUGCUUGGGAAGAUGCAAAAGAAAAUUACAGGUAUGGGUUAGAAUGUCUGUUCAGGUUUUAUAGUUAUGGACUGGAAAAGAAAUUCAGACAAGAAAUUUUUAAGGAUUUCCAAGAAGAAACCAAGAAAGACUACGAAUCUGGUCAGCUGUAUGGAUUAGAAAAGUUUUGGGCUUAUCUAAAAUAUUCUCAAUCUAAGACACAGUCUAUUGACCCCAAACUUCAGGAAUACCUCUGUAGCUUUAAGAAGCUAGAAGACUUCCGUGUUGAUCCCCCUAUUGGUGAGGAGUUUGGAAGAAAAAGACAUUCAUCUACUUCUGGUGAGGAGAGUAAUCGUCAUAGACUUCCAUCUAAUUUCUCUACAAAGCCACCAGGUGCUGCUAAGCCUACACCUGCUAAUCAGCUUCAAGUUCCAAUAAAUUCUCCCAGAAGGAACACUUCACAGGAGUCCAGUGACAAUUCACACCAGAACAAUGCUGCCUCAGUCCCAACAAAUGGUGAACUGCCUGAGAAAUAG